AAUUGGUUUAGCGUGUUUACUAAUGAUUGUGUAAUGUGUCACUGCACUGGUCCCAGCAUGUGUUGCACAUUUGUUCACUGCUGUGGCAUGAGAGAAACAGCUGCCUCUAGUGUAACACCCACAUUUAGUUUCUCCCUCUUGGAUAAAGCCUGUUUUACAAGUUGAAGCUGAUUUAAUAUGAGGAGCACACAGGCGAUGUAGACUUAAAGGCUCUGCAGGUUUUUCUGUCUUUCACUGUCUGCACUUGUAUUCCUCUUUGUCACGAUGGGCAGCUAUAGUUCAGUCCUCAUUCCUGACACUGAAGAGUUUGAUUCUAUUGUGUCUGUCGCGGAGAAGCUGAAUGAGCAGGUAGCUCAUGCUGCAGAUGAGAGGUUACAGUCAGAGCUUCGCACUCUGGUAACACUGAUGAUGGAGGAGGAAAGAAACAAAACACAGAGUGAAGAGCUGAAUUCUUCAACACCACAACAAAGUAAUCAGGAAACAAGUCAGAACGCCCUGCCUAUAAGUGCAGCAGAAUCCAAAAGUGUGCCGUCACAGUCUUUCUCCUCCCUGCUGCCGAAGGCUCUCUCUGCUGUAUUACAUCCAACCCUGCUGCCAGGCCUCAACUCCGACCUGCCGAACAGAAACCCAGACAAACACGCUCCACCAAACCUGGAACAACUGCAGACAGAACUGAGAGAUCUGAGGGACCAGUUUGAACAGAUGAAGAGUCAGCACAAUAAAGAAAUCAAACUGCUGAUGAAUGAGCUUGAUGAGGAGAAAAGGAUCCGCUUAACUUUACAGAUGGAAAUUCAACGCAUGAAGAAGCACAUGUCUAAAUGAGAAGACGCCAUCAAAAACCAGAGAUUCUGAUAUGACAAUAAAUAUUUUUUGUAUACUUACAUGAUAAAUGUUAUUUUCUAAGUUUAAAAAUCAUUUUGUCUCCUUUUCAGUGAAAAAUCCUCAAUUUUAUUUUUGGAAAAGUAUUUCUCUUACAUGGUAUUCUCGUUUACUUUUGUGCUGGACUGCUGAAUGUUCUGACCAAGAGGACUGAAUGUUUUUACUGAAUCGUUACCGAAAGUGUAAAGAUGAAGCUCAGUGGAAGCAAAGUGAAGUUGAGAGGCUGCAACAAGCUGUCCUCUGUCUCUGUAGAUGAGCCGGGCAUGGCUCUGUUAUACAUUUAACGUGUUGUCUUUACUUCUGUAGAUUUUUAACCUCUAUGGCAUAUUUAACAUCACUUGUUGGGUAAAAUGUCUAUGAAGAGAAAAAUAGUUGAGACAAGAUCUAAUGGCUGUAAGUCUGAAUUCUCAUUUUUGAAUGAUGCAGAGGAAUAAAUAUUAAGCUUUUAUUUUGCUUAAGGAUGCAUAUAUCUUGUAAAAAAAAUGGAACAGUUUGAUUUGUUUGUAAAUGUAUUGGUUGCAUUGUGAAUGUAUUAAAAAUGUUGGCCAUUGUU